AUGGAGUUCAAAACCGCCAAGGCGAGGGCAGUCAGUACACUCUUCUCGUCUGAAGAAGGGAAAGUGAGGCAUGCAAGUAAGAAGAUCAAGUGCAGCAGGAAGUGGAGGCCUCAGCAGGCAGUGACUGAGGCAGAAGCACACUGGAGACAUCGGGAGAUUGUUGGCGUGGUAUGUCAAGGCCGCUUAGGUCUUGGAAACUAUGAUGGCAAGAGGUGGAGCAAAGCCAAGGCCAAAAGAGCACCAGUGGUGCAAAGGGUCCGGGAAGCAGCAGAGGAGGACCGUCAGGUGAAGGCAAUAGGGCUAGCUUCCCAAGGUAGGUGGACACAGUGGGACCAGGCACUGGAGCAACCAGUGUCCUGGAAGGACCUAUGGCAAACUGACCAGGGGGAAUUGUCUUUUCUCUUACGUGCAGUGGCUGAUCUAAUGCCAACCCCAAGCAACCUGAAGAUUUGGGGUGCAGAGGAAGAUCCAUCUUGCAAACUGUGCAGAGCGGCCUGCUGCACACUAAACCACAUUCUGACUGGUUGUCCUAAAGCAUUAGCAGAGGGACGCUAA